AAAUUUUAAUUAUUUUUAUUCUUGAACAUUGAACAUUGUUAUUGUUCAGCAUGAUAAGGAAAGAUAAGCGUUGUACGUGUCGUCAUACAUAAUUCUUAGUUUUGAAAUAUCUGCAAGAUAACAAUGGAUUAAUUGUUAGGUGGACAACGAUGAUCACGUACAGCGUAAAUGAUUCCGAUAAGAGGAACCGUUUCGCAAUGUUUUGAUUGAUGCUUAUCUGCCAGUUUUACAUAAUUGUUAGCAACAGGUUAUUUUUGGUCUCGUGUGUGACUUGCACAGAGAAAUUCUCAGGUGUAACUCUAUACAUAUUUACAUAACUGGCUGGACUGGACUGGACUUAAAUAGGCUCAAUUAACCUUAAAACCUUGAUUUAAUCACUCAUUAAAUCCUCCUCUUGCUACUCGAACCUUAUUUUAUUUUAGUCCAGUUUUUAUUCCUCUCGUAUUCUGAAAAGUUCAAGAGUUUUAUUUUAAAUAGUUCUGUUUUUAAGAUUUUCAGUUUUAUUUUAAAAAGUUCCAGAGUUUGAUUUAAGUUCCCAAAAUUUUUUAAAGUGAUUAUUUUAUUGCAUUACUUUUUAUCAGAAUUAUGUAAAUGUUCAAAUUUUGAUUUUGAAAAUGUCCAGAGUUUGAUCUGUAAUUCGUUCAAAGUUUUUGAAAUCGAUUUGGAUAAUCACUUUUUAUCUGAAUUUUUGAAACCAAGGAGAAUUUUACCUGCAAAAAGUUGUUUGUUAUUACUCAACAGAUUUCAUAUUUACAAAUUUGAAAUCGAAAUUUUGCGCUAGAAUAAGAACAACGACACAGUUUCGGCGGUUGAAUCGUAUCGAACCGUUGUCACCAUGUCGGGAGAAGGUCAGGGAAUCUUGGCGUCGUCGCCGACAUCGGUCGUGACGGUGGAGGGGGUACGACUGCCGGGGGGAGGAGGAGCAGGACAGCGUUGGUGGACCUCUUCGUCCAUGAAGAUCUACAUGUGUCACAUUUUCUCGUCGUGGGGCGACCGGAUGUGGGGUUUUGCGGUCGGGUUGUAUAUGGUCAUCCUGUUUCCGGAUUCGCUACUGCUCACAGCAAUCUAUGGCUUCUGCAAUUGCUUAUCCGGCAUAAUUUUGGGACCUUAUAUUGGCGGAUGGAUCGAUAAGACGCAGCGCAUUACGGCUGCCCGAGCCUCAGUGGUAGUGCAGAAUAGUGCCGUCGUGUUGGGGUCGACCAUCCUCACAAUAACGCUCUUCUACCGGUCGAGGAUCCAAGGCGUGUGGAACGGUCACUUGGAACACAUCCUUUUCGCCGUCAUCAUCACCAUCGCCAUCGUCGCUGAGCUGGCCUCAGUAGCAAAUAAAAUUGCGCUGGAAAAGGACUGGAUCGUCGUUCUCGCGGGGGGCGACAAUAAACAGUUGGCGAAGCUCAACUCUACAAUGCGUACCAUCAACUUGACCACGUCCAUCCUCGCUCCCAUCGUUGUUGGACAAAUCAUCACUUACGGUUCGCCCGAAGCCGGUGCCAUAUUUAUCGCCGCGUGGAACAUCGUCUCCGCCGUGAUUGAGUACUCCCUCCUCCUCCACAUUUACAAAAUCGUGCCCGAACUUGGCACCAAGGACGGAUCGGUGCUAGCCUCCCCAUCAUCCCCGCCCAACGUGCCCUUCGUCAAGAUGACAUCCUCACCGGAAGUCGUUUCGCCAAGCAAUAAUAACGUUCAACACCUCGGAGUUUCGUCAAAUCGGUUGAACGUUUCGCCCGGAAUGGCGGGUUUUGAAGACGUUUCCCUCGUGACACCGACGACAUUGGGAACAUUUAACUUGGACGGAGGCGAUGUUGCGAGUGGCAAGAAAAAAGGAGGCGGAGGAGGAGCGACGCCCUGUUUGCCGUGUCAUGUCGGAUGGAGGAACUAUUUUGGACAUCAUGUAAAAUUUGCCGGAUUGGGGUUGGCCUGCCUGUACAUGACGGUGUUAGGAUUCGAUAGCAUUACGACGGGUUUCAUGUACAGUCAAGGCGUUGACGAAAGCUUUAUCGGAAUUCUGACCGCGAUCGGAGCCAUUUUUGGAAUCUUGGGCUCCCUCUCGUUCCCCCAUUUAAGGAAACAUCUUGGGAAAAAUAGCACUGGAAUUUUGGGUUUUAUUCUGGAAACGUUAGCCCUCCUGCUUUGUGUCGGAUCUGUGUUCGCUUUGGGAUCACCGUUCAAACCGGAAGCUAUUGUGGACAGAUUUCAGCACUUUUCUGGAGCCCCAUCGUCCUCUUAUUUUACAAGGAUGACGUAUUCUAUUAAGGAAAUUUGGGAGAAGGAGGUGCACAUUGUAAUUCUGCUGGGCGGAAUUAUCGUGGCACGAUUUGGUCUCUGGGUGGCGGAUUUGAGCGUGACGCAAAUAUUUCAGGAGGAAGUUGAGGAGUCGCAGCGUGGCGUGAUUAACGGGGUACAAGAUUCUUUCAACAAAGGGAUGGAUUUAAUAAAAUUCGUCCUAGUCAUCCUCCUCCCUGCACCAGAAACGUUCGGAUAUCUCAUCUUUAUCUCAUGGCUGUCCGUCUUUUUAGGGUCCGUCUCGUUUUUCAUCUUUACACGAAAAGAUAAAAUCCGCAACGGUCUCUUCGGCGUGGACAAUCUCGUCAUCGUCGACACGGAAAAUUCGCCCCCACGAGAGCUCGAAACCUUUAGCAGAUCCGCCACCACAAUUCCAGCCACGCCGGAAGAAGGGUCACAAAGUCGUCGAGAUAGUGACCACCUUGCGGUAGAGAGAAAUCCAGCCAUCACAGUUUCACAAGCUACAUAAAAUUACGGGAACUUUAAGAAACUUAUAUUUUUUUUGUAAAUUAGGGAAAACAGGGUCCAUUCUAGUCGCGUAAUAUAAACUGUAAAUUAAUUAUGCAUGGUAAUUUUAUAAUGAAUAAGACAAACAGAGAGAAAUUAAGGAUGCAAAUUUUUCCAGGUUUAAUUAGAUUUCGAAAUUUUGUGGGGUAAAAUCUAAUUGAGUGAAAUCGAAUUAUUUAAAUUUCUUGGAAAAUUUUUACGAAGUUGAAAUGAAAUGGAAUGAAUUGAAGUUUUUGGAGAGUUGAUUUUUAUCGAAAAAAAUGAUUCUUUUAUACACUUUUUUGAUUAGUUUGGUACAAAAUUAGGUUAAUAAUUCAUGCGGAUUCCAGUAAACUUCGCAAUAUUUGCAAACACUUUUUUUGUAAAAAUUACGGUUAUAAAGGGUGCCAAGUCGUUGGCGUGUCUUUACAUAUUUUGUACAAGUUUUUGCCCCAAUUUUUACAAAGUUUACACAGUUUACUAUUUAUACACGUGUUACAAACGUGGGAGUGAAUUAUCUCAAUAUUUUACAAGUGUGAAAAUCAAGUUGAAUUAUUUUUUUACAGAUUUUUUUUACUAUAAGUUAUAAUUUUUAGUUUAGUUUCUAGCGUUUAAGUAGUCGAGAUUUGUUAUUUUAGGAUGAAUUAAGUAUAAGAAGAGGUUUAAUUAAUUUUAAAUGUAGUUUCAUAAUACAAAAUCAUCUGUAAUAUACAAAUUAUGCAAAUGAUACAUAUGUAUUUAGAAUAAUAAACGUCAAGUAAAUUCAGA